AUGAGGUUCGCUAUCCCAGAUUCCGAUAGCGAGGAAGAGUUUGUCGUCCACGAUACACCUAUACGAACUCGAACAUAUCGCAAGACCCGCAAGUCUGGUUACGGAGUCCCCUCAACUUCCGGACGAAGUGACUCUGGUUCUUCCAGCGGUAGCGGUCCAGCGGGGUUCACCUCGACGAGCGACGAAGAUGACAACCUAGAUGAUUCCGUCUCGAUAUUGUCUUCGGGGGAUGAAGAGGUCGAUUACAGUUUCCGUUAUCCUGAGACUGGCAUCGACGCCGCGUUCGAGCUCGAAAUCGACUCCGGCGAUCCAACUGCCGACUCCGUCUGCGCAACAGACACCAUUGUCACAGACGUCGAGACUCAAGAUUGGGCUGUCCAGGCGGUCGACUUUAGGCUCAAAGCUCGGGAAGACUCGCUGGCUUUCAACCGUGACCUCGCUUCAACGCCUGAAAAGAUCAAACAGGCUUCUCACGUCCGAGAAUCUCAAGCGAUGACCGAAAUACAAUCCUUGUUAUCAUCACUCGAGCUCGAGCGGACGGAGGCGGACAAUCAAGCGAAACGAGAAUUUCACGCUCGUAAUCAACUCCUCUGGGAAGGGAUCGACAGGACGAUCGCUGCUGUCCAGGCUGAAAAGAGGCGGAUAGCGGAAGAGGAGAAACGCCAGGCAGAAGUACGGCGGAAAGAAGAAGAGGAGGUCCAGAGGAAACGGGAUGAAGAGAGACGAAGGGAGGAGGAGAAACGGAAAGCCGAGGAGGCCCGAAUACGCGCUGAUAAGGCCGAGCGGGAACGCCAGGAAGCUGAAAAGGCCAAGCGGGAUGCCGAACUAAAGCAAACUCAGGCAGAGGAACAACAAAGGCUCUUCGAAGCCAGCCGAAAGAACGCCGAGCAAAACGCCUUGACGAGCUUGCAAAAGAACGAACAGAGGUGGGAGAAGUGGGUCGAGCAUCAGCGGAGGACCAAGGUAGAGGUCAUCGAGCGGGUCAAGGCGGAUGAUGGGUUGAAGAAGAAUAUCGGGCCGAUCAAGAGGAAGAUAACGAGGAGGAUCGGGCAGAUCGUCAACACGCGCGAGUCGAUCGUCAGCAUUACACAAGCCAUCCACGAGGACCUCUGCGCGGUGCUAUCCCACCAAGCGUCAGCAGCCGAGCCCGUACCAUUUUCUCGCGACCUACCAAUCGCCUACAUGUACCUGUUGUCGCACAUCUCGAAAGCUCUGCUCCAUCAAGCAGAGAACGAGGUCUUGGCCAAGGCCGAGGCUGCAUUCCCUCUGGCAAAAUUAGUCGUAGGGCUGAUGCUACGGGGUCACGCAGCCUUGGGAGAGGUCUUGAUUGCGAGGUUCGUGAAAAAGUGUCCUUGGGUGCUGCCAUUCUACCCAGCCAAACGCGAGGGUCAACCUCAGGCAGAGUACGAAGUCUCGCUCGGGCACAAGAAGGGAGACGCCAACGAGGAUACGGUCCAGUACAACAACCGCAUGUCAGCCAUAGUGACCCUUUACCUCGCGAUCUGUGCGGUCGAUAUCAAGACGAUCGUGCCGACCGUCUUUCCUCAGCCUCAAAGUCAGCAACAACUGGACAAACUGAUCCAAGCCAAUUUCCGCACGUCAAUCUUGUGGAUGUGGACGGCGGGGAUCUGCAAACAACCCUUGCCCGCCCUCGAGACGGCACCGCAGUUGAUGGUGGCGGCUUUCGAGAUGGUCGGGCAGGAUCUCGUCAAUGCUUACGGUACCCGGCAAGUCGGCAAGAUGGUCCAGGCCAUUCUGGAGCAGGGCCUCGGACCAGAAGGUGCCAAGGAGGGCAUUAUCUCACAGAAGGCAUUGGCUUCAAGACAGCAAUUGCGUCUGGUCUGCGAGCCCUUCAUGGCGAAUGGUCAAUUCCCUGACAAUCCUGCUAAGAUUUGGAAGGCGUGA